GCUAAAUACAAGGAAUACAAGUAUGUCAAUAAUGAAAACAAUUUUAUUGUUUAUUAAAUUUUAAUUUUUAUACCAGAAGCGCGAAGAACUGGGCAUAUUAAUAUAUGUUGUUUACUUGAAAUAUAACUAAUUUAACAGAAGAUAGUAACGAUUUUAAUUAAAAUUAAUCAAAUUAUAACUUUUAGAAUUCUGUCCCAUAUUCUCUUCAAUUGUAUAUAUUCAGAAGAAAAGACCAGGACAGUUAACACUAUUAUAAAUUGUAUUACCUUAGUUGUAAUUAAAACGUUGCAUAAAGAAUACUGAAGGAUGGGUGAUAAUUUUCAAAAUAAAACCAUGGCACCGGUAAUGAUGGAUUAUGAGUUUAAAAUGAAAACGCAGAAUGAACGUUCCAAAGUUGAGGAUCUGUUUGAUUACGAGGGGUGUAAAGUCGGUCGUGGCACUUAUGGUCACGUAUAUAAAGCAAGACGUAAAGAUGGAUCGGAUACAAAAGAUUAUGCUUUAAAACAAAUAGAGGGCACAGGGCUUUCCAUGUCAGCGUGUAGAGAAAUUGCCUUGCUCCGUGAACUCAAGCAUUCCAAUGUUAUAAAUUUAAUAAGAGUAUUCCUUUCACACACAGACAGGAAAGUGUGGUUAUUAUUUGAUUAUGCUGAACAUGAUUUGUGGCACAUCAUUAAGUUCCACAGAGCUGCUAAAGCUAAUAAGAAAUCAGUUAUGGUACCAAAAGGCAUGGUAAAAAGUUUAUUAUAUCAAAUUUUGGAUGGCAUACAUUAUUUACAUUCUAACUGGGUGCUUCAUAGAGAUUUGAAACCAGCAAAUAUAUUGGUAAUGGGCGAAGGUCCUGAGAGAGGCCGUGUUAAGAUUGCGGACAUGGGAUUUGCAAGGUUAUUUAAUGCUCCACUAAAACCAUUGGCUGACUUAGAUCCUGUUGUAGUUACAUUUUGGUAUAGAGCCCCAGAAUUAUUAUUGGGUGCUAGGCAUUAUACAAAGGCUAUUGACAUAUGGGCAAUUGGUUGUAUAUUCGCCGAACUAUUAACAUCAGAGCCGAUAUUCCACUGUCGUCAAGAGGAUAUAAAAACCAGUAAUCCUUACCAUCAUGACCAACUAGAUAGGAUAUUCAAUGUGAUGGGUUUCCCUCAAGAGAAAGAUUGGGAAGACAUUAGGAAAAUGCCCGAACAUGCCACAUUAGUUAAGGAUUUCAAAAGAUCUAACUAUCAAAAUUGUUCUCUAAGCAAAUAUAUGGACAGACACAAAAUUAAACCAGACAGCAAAGCAUUCAGUCUACUUCAGAGACUACUUCUAAUGGACCCCAAUAGAAGAAUAACAUCAGAACAAGCUAUGCAGGAUCCAUACUUUUCCGAAGACCCAUUACCCACACAGGACGUUUUUGCUGGCUGUCAAAUUCCGUACCCGAAACGAGAAUUCUUAACGGAUGAUGAUCAAGAUGACAAAAGCGAUUCCAAAGCUAGACAGAAUCAGCAGCAGCAACAGCCUAACACUCAACAAAACCAAGUACAAGCCAAUAGCCAUGAUCACGCAGCAAAUAACGCGAAAAGGAUGAGAAUGUCAGGGCCGAAUCAAGGCAACAACAACCAGGGGAAUCAGCAGGAGUUCCAUCAACAACAACAGAUGAUGUUCGGCGGCCAGCAACAGGGCGGGGGAUCGCAACAACAAGGCAACUUUCAACAACGGUUUUGAGGCUAACGUGUUUUAAUAUUUUUGUAUGAAAAGUUGUAAAUAUUAUCAAAUGAAAUAGUUUCAGUAAGUUUGUAAUGUAUGUAGGGGUAAUAAUAACACACAAUAUAUUUUAUUUAUAACUGACAUACUCAAAAACGUAGGCAGUUCUGAAUUUGAUUGUAUUUUUCUUGGUUUUUGUUAUUCAAUACCUCCGGGGGUUUGGUCCUAGGAGUCUGAACUGGAGGGGUACUUUCCUUCCCUGGAAUGUUGGUGUUCUUUUUUUGUAUCACAAGGUUUACUGGAUUAGUGAUUAAUAUAAUUAAAUUAUUGUUUUGAUGUUUCAAUCAUAAUCAUCAAUUUAACAGUGAUCAAUUAGCUAUAAGAUAUGGAAUAAUUUCCGAGAAAGCUAUAUCGGAGAUACAUUGUUUUUUUACACAAAAAAAAUUGUAUUGAUUCUCAUAUAUGUGCAUUGUAAUUAUUGUAUUGUAAAAAUAAUUUGGUAAGAUUAAUUGCAGUGUGAAACAUUUGGCUGGUUUCCAUCGAUUUUGCCUGCCAGCUUUAGCAAUAUACCUGGUAAUGAUGUUAUGGAAUAGAUUAUAAAAAGAGUAUUUUUUAAAUCAACUGAAAAGGAAGAAGUUUGUAUCAUAACUUUGGGAUGAACACAGCAACAAAGCAAUUUUGGCGAAGUCCUUUCGAAUAUUGAUAUAUACAUUCGUUAAUAUUUCUUUUCCUAUCAAGUAUAAUAAAUAUCUAAUGGUCUUUUUUUAAUCUAGACUGAAAAA